AUGGGUCUGGGAGCAGGCUGUGAACUCAGGUGAGAGGAUAAUAUGACAAAGGGUUGCUGCUAAGGGAUAUUAGAAGCAACAGUAGAUAUCUGCAUUAUUUUAAACAGUUGAGUAGCAUCUAUCCAUUUGAUGUUGGUGAAACAGAUUUGUUGUUGACAUGUUGAGUGGCAUGGACCUGUUUUGAUUUUAUGGAAUUCCAUUAGAGAUGAAUUCUUGAAUGGCUCUAUGCUUCAAUUGUUUUUGGACUAUUUUGUAAACCAUAGUAGUACAAUGUAGUCAAAUUAUAUCUUUGUUUUGUGCUCUCUUUCAGAUUCUUCCUGAAGUUCUUCCUGAAGUGCAAUCAGAACUGUCUGAAGAAUGCAGGGAAUCCCAGAGACAUGCGCAGGUUCCAGGUAACUGAAAGUUACACAAAUUUACACACACACACACAGUUUUAAACUCACUCAGGUUUAAAUGCACACACCCAUGCAGAGGGUGUCAGUGUGCUGCUGAACACAUGUAAGAAUAUUUAUUGGAGAACACCAUCUGACAAAAAUAAGGAUAUGGGAUUUAAGGGGUGAUAUCAGUUGUGGUCCUGACAGCUUUCUGAACCACAGCACAGAAGGGAGGACGAUCCCACCACAUGUGUUAUCUCAGGGUUUCCCAGUAGGACACGUACGCACGCACGCACACACACACACACGCACACACACACACACACACACACACACACACACACACACACACACACACACACACACACACACACACACACACACACACACACACACACUCUCACUCACUCACACACACACAAUUCUUCACUGUGCAGCCAUCUGAGAGGUGUUUUCCAUAACACUGCAGCCAGCAAUGAUAUUAUAGUAUUACCAAAGAGACGUCUAUCUGGAGGUCUAAGAGGCUACAGAAGCUAAAAUACAUGUCCUAUUAAAUAUGGAGAGGUGCCAUUGAAGUUAGUGAUCUCCAUAUCCACUUAUCCCAGACCCAUAUACCCCAGGUAGGAGGUCAGGCCUGAAUAAAAUGGUGGUAUCCUAUCUGCCUUGCCACAAACUACAGGGGCCAUCAGUCACUGCCAAUCAUGGGCCAUGACAAACAUACCAACCUAGCCUCCUCCAGCAACCCUCAGACAUGAAACAGACAGACUCUUUUUGAUGUCACCACUAGACCUCCCUCGUCUCCUUUUCCCUGAGGGGGUAACUGGACUUAACAGAGUCAAUCCCUUCACAGACAGCUCAGGUGUUCACUCUACCAUCGCAUUACUCGUAGAUUCACAAGAGACUGGAACAUACUGCCCCAGCCAUGACAGCUACUGAGUUAUCUUUUAAAUAAUGAGUGAGUGUUGUAUAAAACUUCUACCCCAUUUGUAUCUGUUUAUCUUUCAAAAAUCAUGAUUUACCGUAUUUAUAGGGAAUCAACUGGCAGGACUUAUAUUCUAUGAAUAUGAUUUGACAUUAUUGUUAGAGUAUUUGGGGGUGGGAGGUAUUGUAGGUCAAGGCUUACAAUAUUGUUGGCUAUCUUCUCCGGUCUCCAUUCCAAUGGCCAGAAUGCCAUUUUUCCCAGAUAGUUUUACCAGAUGCUUCACUGUAGGUGUUUCUCCAGCCAAGCUUGUGUAUUCUGCAUGCCUUCCACUCUGCUUAUUUCCCCCCCCAAACCAGCUGGAGGCCAGAGAGGGCCACAUCCAUCAUCCCCAGAUUGGCCCAGCUCUGAACCUGCGAGCAAGAAUGGAGCUCUUUCACCUCCCCACUCAGCCCCCCUACCUCCUUCCCAACCCCACACCCCCAACUAACCAAAAAAGCACCCCCCAAAUUCCACGGCUACACUGAGGUCACUCAGAACCUGAGAGGGGCUCUCUCUUUCCAGCUCGGAAACACUUUCUCCAUUCAUGGCCUAGUCCACUGUUUGGAGAUGUGGUGGAGAGAAAAAACAACAAUAAAAACAAGCACUAUGAUAUGUUGAGGCCGGGAUUCAAUCCGAUCGCUGGUUAAAGGCACUGCGGCUUUUAAAGGCAAAUUUCGAUUGAGACGAUAUACAGUAUUUAGCGUUUACCGUGAAUGGGAUCUCCACGAACGUGGGAACAUUGCCUUUAAGAGCCACUUUGCCUAUAACCCGCGAUCAGAUUGAAUCUCCGCCUAAGUGUGACUUGGAAUUUGAUCCAGGUGAAAUGUUUGUUAAACCAAGAAGAGGGUUGUUUUAGUUGUUCAUGAGUUUAUCCAGUUUGUCAACUGUACGGAACUACAGUGCCUUCAGAAAGUAUUCACAUCCCUUUACUUUUUCCACAUUUUGUUGUCUGACAGCCUGAAUAUUUAAAUUGUUUAAAUUUAGAUUUUGUGUCACUGGCCUGCACACAAUAUCCCAUAAUGUCAAAGUGGAAUGAUGUUUUUAGAAUUUUUUACAAAUUAAUUAAAAAUCAAAAGGUGAAAUCCCUUGAGCCAAUAAGUACUCAACCCCUUUCUUAUGGCAAGCCUAAAUAGGUUCAGGAGUAAGAAUGUGCUUAACAAGACACAUAAUAAGUUGCAUGGACUCACUCUGUGUGCAAGAAUAGUGUUUAACAUGAUUUUUGAAUGACUACCUCAUCUUUGUACCCCACACAUACAAUUAGCUGUAAGGUCCCUCAGUCGAGCAGUGAAUUUCAAACACAGAUUCAACCACAAAGACCAGGGAGGGUUUCCAAUGCCGCUCAAAGAAGGGCACCUAUUGGUAGAUGGGUAAAAAAAUAAGCAGACAUUGAAUAUUCCUUUGAGCAAGGUGAAGUUACUAAUUACACUUUGGAUGUUGUAUCAAUACGCCUAGUCACUACAAAGAUACAGGCGUCCUUCCUAACUCAGUUGCUGUAGAGGAAGGAAACUUCUCAGGGAUUUCACCGAGGCCAAUGGUGACUUUAAAACAGUAUAAUGGGUGUGAUAGGAGAAAACUGAGGAUGGAUCAAAAACAUUGUAGUUACUCCACAAUACUAACCUAAUUGACAGUGAAAAGACGGAAGCCUGUACAGAAUACACAUCACUGAGUACCACUCUUCAUAUUUUCAAGCAUGGUGGUGGCUGCAUCAUGUUAUGGUUAUGCUUGUCAUCGGCAAGGACUAAGGAGUUUUUUUUGGGAUAAAAAUAAAUGGAAUAGAGCUAAGUACAGGCAAAGUCCUAGAGGAAAACCUGGUUCAUUCUGCUUUCCAACAGACACUGGGAGACAAAUCCACCUUUCAGCAGGUCAAUAACCUAAAACACAAGGCCAAAUCUAAACUGGAGAUGCUUACCAAGACAACAUUGAAUGUUCCUGAGUGGCCUAGUUACAGUUUUGACUUAAAUUGGCUUGAAAAUAUAUGGCAAGCCUUGAAAAUAGCUGUCUAGCAAUGAUCAACAACCUACUUGACAGAGCUUGAAGAUUUUUUUUAAUAAUGUACAAUCCAGGUGUGCAAAGCUCUUAAAGACGUACCCAGAAAGACUCACAGCUGUAAUUACUGCCAAAGGUGAUUCUAACAUGUAUUGACUCAGGGGUGUGAAUACUUAUGUAAAUGAGAUAUUUCUGUGUUUCAUUUUCAAUAAAUUUGCUAACAUUUCUAAAAACAUGUUUUCACUUUGUUAUUGUGGGGUAUUGUGUGUAGAUGGGUGAGAAAACACCCCAAUUGAAUCAAUUUUAAAUUCAGGCUGUAACACAACAAAAUGUGAAAUAAGUCAAGAUGUAUGAAUACUUUCUGAAGGCACUGUAGAUGGAUGAGUCGAUCAAUGUGUUUUGUGAAUCAAUUACAUCACGGCAACAAUUGUCAUAGUGGGUCAAAACAAGUGAUUAUAGAGAGAGCUAAAUGUUGUUGUUGAAAUCUGAAAACAAUAAAGCGUGGUUAAGCUGAUGUUUUGUAUGUGAUUGUGUCCCCUUCCUACAGAUUGCUAAAUGACACGGUCUACCUUCACUCUUGUUGCAGGUUGUCGUCUCGACGACAGUCAAUGUGGACGGCCAUGUCUUGGCUGUCUCAGACAACAUGUUUGUCCACAACAACUCCAAGCAUGGGCGAAGGGCUCGCAGACUCGACCCUUCAGAAGGUACGCCUCCUUAUCUGGAGAAUGGUAGGCACAUUUUACAUCAUAUUAUUUGCUUUCCUUUUUUCUUUACAUUUCCAUCUUCCUUUCGUUCAUAAAAAUUUUCUCAUUCUGUGUUGUAAGUCGCUAUUUGCCUCCGUCAUGCAUACUAUUUGUAGUGGAUUGGAAAUAGUAUACAAUACCAUGCAUAGGGCACUAAUCAAUCGAAUAAUGCUAGUAAUUAUGGACAUUUUAAUGAUGAUAAAAUUAUAUUCUAUUUCCAAUCUUAACCAAUUGUUAACUGCACAUAAACAUUUUUUACCUAUUAGAAACAUGAUGAAAUUGGCAAAGAAUUCACAGUGAGGUACAUUCCCUGUUGCUGGGUGCUGCAGUUUCAGCUGAGAGGAGAAAUUAGGGGAUGAAGGAGAGGGCGGAAGGAGGGUCUUGGAGAAAAACAGAACUUACUGUUUUUCUUCCAACUGAUUCCAUAUGAUAGACUGAUUGCCUGCAUGGCCAAAAGAGAGAGAAGCAGGACCACCAAACCAUGGGAAAUCCAAAAAUUUAACUGCACUAAACAUAACCUUCUGACCCCUCCUGGCCUCCUCUCGCAGAUGGGAGCAUAAACAGCUGAAAGAUUAUGGAAAAAACAGAGCAGGCCAAUUGUGCAAAUUGCUUAUCUUCAGAUUUCAAGGGGCAAUUAUGGCUAGGCAAACAGUUUAUAUACACACACCACUGACUGAAACGGCCUUCUCUCCACUUUAAUAGACAUUAAUGGUCCUAUCACCAAAAGCAAAUGUAACGUUUAAUACAACAACGGUAAAAAAAAAGACAAUUAAUAUAUCUUGUGGGGGGAAAAGCUAAUUUGUUUAAAAGCUAUUUGUUUUUGUCUUUAUUAAUGACUCCACUACUGGAGAACAAAAUCAAAUAAUUAAAGUCCUGCCCCGAGCAUCAAAGUCAUUAUGCUCAGUGAUGUUCUGUUUGUGUCUAUGUCUCACGUUUAUGACAGGGUAGGUGUGGAUCGCCUAGCAACCUUAGUCUUAAUGAGGAGAGCAAUUAAAGAGGUUGAGCCCUCUCCUCCAUGUUCCCUCAUCCCACAGGACAGUGUGUGUGUGUGUUCCACACAGAUUUCCCCUGCCCACCCCUUUCUUCCCCUCCUCAUUCUUCUAAGCACAAGAGCAGGAAGCUUGCCCUGUAAAGCAAGCUUCCUUCAAUAACACAAUUUAGCUUAGUAUCUGUGUGAGCUACAUACAUAUUCAUAAAGUAUACAUAACAGUCCUGAUUUUGAGGGCCUAAAUCACCAAAACAUUUUAAAUUAUGGAGAACAUUUCAUUUAACUAUAAUAUACUAAAUGUUGCUUUCCAAUAUAUCGCAAUCUAUUUUCCAUCCCAAUCUAAUGUAGUCGAGUGUAGAAAACGAACACUUUGUGUAUAUUACCAAUGUACCAUAGCUCUUUAGCCAAAACGUUGCUUGUUUGCGUCUCCCACUCUAGACACUCAUAGACAUGACAUAUGAGAACAGGAUACUUGGUCAUAAAACGUAAUCCCAUCCAUGUCGUCCAUAGAGUUCUGACACCAGGCAGGCAGACAGAGUGUGCUUUAAAUUAGCAACACAUUCUUCACUGGGAGUUCACUGGGUGAGAAGCCUCAGGUAUGUGGCUGACUGACUCUCUGUCUGUGUGUCUGCGAAAGCAAGGCAUCCUCUCAGUUCAUUGUCUCAAUGCUGGGGUGACAGUGUCAGGCUGCUCAACAAGUGCUGCCCCCUAUUGGUGCUGAACAGGAAUUUCUGUCACUUACACACAACUGAACCAUGCACGUUUGAGCUGUCACAAAAGCAUACACAUUUAGACAUGAAUAUACAGAAAAUCCUUCACGAAUACACACACACUUACACACUCACACCCUCAUACACACUCAUGCCAUGCGUUCCUUAGCUCGGUUUGACCUCCACUGUAGCGACUUGGAGAAUAUGGAAGACUCAGCAUAGAGCCUGCAGCGCCCCAGUCAUUUGCAUGCCAAGUGGCUGUAAUGCUGUUAGGGUUUAUGCAAUAAAGACAAGUGAAUCCAGUCUGCUCCGUCUGAGAGAGGGAGAGACAGAGGAAGAGAGAGAGAGAGAGAGAGAGAGAGAGAGAGAGAGAGAGAGAGAGAGAAGAGCGAUAGAUACGUGAGAGAGAAGAGAGAUGGAUAUAGAGUGAUGAGAGUAUGAGCGAUCGAGAUCGCCGCGUCUCCGCUAGCGCUGCAUAGCUCUCACUCUCUCUCUCGAUAGCGCGAUUCUCGCGUCUCUCGCUCCUCGCUGCUCUUGAGGAGAGAGAGGGAAAUGGAGAGAGAAAGGGGUAACAGAUGGCCCAGGGAGAGGUAAAAGGUAUAAUCCCAUCAGCUGCACUAUCAGCCGACCAUCUGGACGUCCCACAGCACAAUUACAACACAUUUCAGCAGGCAGAACAAAGGACGCCACAGCCACGGACACAUCGAACCUGUUUGAGUGGCUCAGUAGGCCUUCAAGAGCUUCAGACGGAAGUUGGCCCUAAGCUCAGAUCUAGGAUCAGUUUUCUAUACUCCAGUGCUAACUUGCACCAUUAGCAAGUAAAGGAAACCAAAUUGAUGUUGGAUUUGCGCUUAGGGAUGUAAAAAAAAUAAAAUAAUAAUAUUGGUUUAAACAAUUUAAAAGUAUGAGUUUAGUGAUGCACAGACAGGCCCUGUUUCAGACAUCCUCAUUCCCUCCCUGCAAUGUCGAUCAUCUGCUGCGGGGCAUUGUGCGUGUCUAUCAUCAGAUCGCUUGCGCUGCCUGUGUAAUCCACUUGGCCACGGUUCCCAUUCAGCACAUGCUCCCCUCUCUGUCUGUGCAUUGAGACAUAUGCAGAUUUUCAGGCAGAAGGGUGGACGGCUUAGGGCCCCGGUCGCUCCCUCUCUAUGGGUCCUUUCUGUGUACCAGAGGGGGGCGUUGGGAUUUCCGAGGUGGUGUGUGUAUGUGUGUAGGUUUCUGGCUGCAGCUGCCCCCCAAGAACCACCAUCACCCCUCCUCUCUCUCUCUCUCUCUCUCUCUCUCUCGCUCUCUCUCUCUCUCUCUCUCUCUCCUGGCCCCAAAGUCAAUUUGUUUACAGUAAUUUUGAAGGGGGAAUUAUUUGCCAUAAUCGGCAGCACUGAUGAAGGUCAGCUCCUUUGAGGGGACGCGGCGAUCCCACAGAGAGAUGAUCUUCUUUCAGAUGCUCUGCUUAGCAAUUAAGGAAAGCAAAUGUCACUCGUCCAGACCUCAGAGAUGAAAUUCUGUAAGGGGUGAUUAGCAUGAAGUCAACAGCAUUGUUAAAGUCAGAUUUCCCACAGUGUGUACAUGUGUGUGCAUGUGCGCUUUAUGGGAAGAAAGCAAACAUAACCUGAACAGCCCCAACAGCAAAGCAAACAAAGGGAGAUGUCUUGUAUGUAGUGAUCCUUACAGCAAAUGCAUAUGGUGAUUUAUUGUAUUUACUGAACUGGAGUGAUAAUAGUAGCACAGCAAUGUGCUCAUAUAAAAUACCUAUAACUGAAAUAGUACAAAACGUUAAAAGAACAAGAAUGUGCGCAGUUCGCAUUGUAUUCACAAAAUAUUGAUGUAAAAAGACUACAUUUAAUAUUGCUGUUUUAUGGUUAGCUGUCAUGCUAUGCCUGUUGUAAUCAUAGUGUCAGGGUGAACAUCAUAUUAAGGCAAUGUAUCAAAUGACAGAGAGAGUUUGGCAUGAGCUCGCUCAAAUUCGAUUAUAAUAACACCCAGCAUUCUGAUGAAUGGCACAGCUAUGUAGCAAAAGUCAUGGCUGAUGAAAAGCAUUGUAAGAAACAAUGUGAAAUGGAUUGAAUCGAUCACAAAAGGCAAAAACUGAGCCUGAAUAAUUCAUGAAUUUAUUAAUGUUGUAAAAUGUGAAACUGCAUUCUGAACAACAUGCCAGAACGCAGGGAACAAAGACAAUGGAAUGACAUGAAACCAACAACACAGCUUUGGCUUGUCAUUUACAUUCAACAGCCUUAUUCUUGACUCAUUUGAGAUGUGUUCAACUUUGAAAUUCUACUGUACAUGCAGGGCUACGCCUAAUCCAUUUUGAUAGCUACAUUUGCCCUGACACCUAAUGUGCUACAUCAAAUAAUUUCCACUCACAAGUCCAGCGCUUAGCCUUUGUGAAGCGGACCAUUUGAAGGGUCUGCUUAACUACAUCACUCCAAGCUGCUGAUGAAUUAUUUUAUUCUCGUGCCUAAAAGGACAAAUCCAUCAUUUUUUCUCUCUCCAGGCUUAUUUCCAUGAUAUGUCUUUCUAUUGGGAUAAAGACAUCAGGCUAUAUAGAAGUGUAGGUACUGAAUAGGCUCUUUUUUCUGUGUGUUAAGCAGCCACCCCAUGCAUCAAGGCCAUCAGCCCCAGUGAGGGAUGGACCACAGGAGGGGCCACUGUCAUCAUCAUUGGGGACAACUUCUUUGAUGGCCUGCAGGUCGUGUUCGGGACCAUGCUUGUCUGGAGUGAGGUACAAUAUGUUGUCUGAUGACGAUGCAAAAAUGUUUUGUCACACCAUUGAUUUUAUUGAAUUUCAGCCUAGGUUUGAAGUGUUUUUCAAACUGUUUCAAGCCUGUACCAUAACAACUAUAUAGUAAUGAUGUCCAUUAGUUUGUACGAGACCUUAGUAGCCAUGGUCAGACUCAAUGGUUCCUGUGCCCUGUCUUCCAGCUCAUCACCCCCCACGCCAUCCGUGUCCAGACCCCUCCCAGGCACAUCCCUGGUGUAGUGGAGGUCACACUGUCCUACAAGUCUAAGCAGUUCUGCAAAGGGGCUCCUGGGAGAUUUGUCUACACC